AUGGAGUACGUUUCGUGGAUGAAUGUUAUGGCGUACGAUCUGCAUGGUGUAUGGGAUGGAACCAAUCCCAUCGGAAGCCACGUCUAUGCCCACACGAACCUGACUGAAAUCGAUCAAGCCAUGGAUCUCUUCUGGCGCAACGAUGUCGACCCCAAGAAAAUCAAUCUCGGUAUCGGAUUCUAUGGACGUUCCUUCCAGCUUGCGGACUCAGGCUGUUGGAAGCCGGGAUGCACUUUCAAGGGCGGUGCGUCCGAAGGAGCAUGCACCAAGAAUUCAGGCACAUUAUCCUAUAAAGAGAUCAUGCAAAUCAUCGACCAACACAAUCUGACGCCUUAUCAUGACAAAGAAGCUGCUGUCAAAUACGUCACCUGGAACGAAGAUCAAUGGGUAUCUUAUGAUGACCAGGAAACAUUCCAGCAGAAGAUUCAGUAUGCGAACAAACUUGGACUCGGUGGUAUGCUCGUCUGGUAA